AUGGCACGACCAACCUCCAGCCACGCAGCCGGCUUUCCUUGUGCAAAGAUCAUCAGCUACAGAGAGAACCCGCAUACCCCGUGGGCUCCUGUUUCGAUCCUGAUGACUCGCCUGCCUGGGGAGGAGCUCGCGUGGCCUACGAGCAUUGUUUCCGGCGGUUCUAUCCGCAGUAUCCGCGUUCCAAACCAUCGCGUGGGACCUUGCGAGCCAGAGGACGAAUUCUAUCACUACCUUCUAAGUACCGCCUCAUCUCACUCUUUCAAGACACGGCACGAGUAUGACCCAGCCUCGGCUACUGCUCGGGCGAUGCCUCUUGAGCAUGGCAUUGUUUUCACACAUGGUGACUUUGCCUUUCACAACAUCUCGGUAUACAGCGGCCAUGUGUCGGGUUUCAUCGACUGGGAAUGUGCCGGCUGGUGCCCUGAAUACUAG